UCUGCGCUUGCGCCUAAGGGGCGUGGCGGUCGCACCUGCGCGAGAUGGGGGAAGGAGGAGGAGCGAGGUGACGCAGGCGUAAUAAUAGAGAAGGUGCCAGAAAGAUACAAAACAAGUGGCCGCGGCCGUCGCCCAGGAGUAGUGAGGCGCCGGAAUUCGGCCCUGGUUCUGAGCUUAUUCCGCCCCCCUCCCCCGGGUAUGGCGCUGUCCGGGUCGACCCCGGCCCCGAGCUGGGAGGAGGAUGAGUGCCUGGACUACUACGGGAUGCUGUCGCUUCACCGUAUGUUCGAGGUGGUGGGCGGGCAACUGACCGAGUGCGAGUUGGAGCUGCUAACCUUCCUGCUGGACGAGGUUCCCGGCGCCGCCGGCGGCCUGGCCCGCGCCCGCAGCGGCCUGGAGCUGCUGCUGGAGCUGGAGCGCCGCGGGCAGUGCGACGAGAGCAACUUGCGGCUGCUGGGGCAACUCCUGCGCGUGCUGUCCCGUCACGACUUGCUGCCACACCUGGCGCGCAAGAGGCGCUGGCCAGUGUCUCCAGAACGCUCCAGCUAUGGCACGUCCAGCUCUUCUUCAAAGAGGACGGAGGGCGGCUGCCGUCGCAGUCAGCAGUCAAGGAGUUCUUCAAAUGUUGAGCAGGGUCAGUGGGAGACAGGUUCUCCCCCAACUAAACGGCAGCGGCGGAGUCGGGGCCGUCCCAGUGGUGGCGCCAGACGGCGGCAGAGAGGAGGUCCAGCCACCCCUCAGCAGCAGCAGGAGCCAGCCGGACCUACCUCAGAAGGCAAAGUGACCUGUGGGAGAGCUUCUGAUUGGUGCAGUUUGAGUCAUGUGACCUCCCUUUGGCCUGUGGACAGCUGGGCACCCUGGCGGACAGAGUCUCAUGGAAUCGUACGUAUCUGGCAGGCCAUGGGUGGUUACUCAGAGAAAAAUCAGGGAGCUGUCAUAGAUGGCGGGGAAAUGGCUUCUGGGCAGGCAGAAACAAUAGAUGCCCGUGCACUCCUGCUCGUCAGUCAGCCCCAGCCCUCAUCUCCCAUCUGAGUCCUCAACUCACCGAAACCCUUUGCACCGAGCUUGUUAAUGACCUUCUCUUGCCAAAUCCAAGGACAUUUUUCAGUCUUUAUCUGCAGUUUUUAACUCCAUUGACCAGUGCCUCUCUUUUGAAAAUCUUUCCUCCCUUGGCUUCUACAUAACAAAUCAACCCAAGACUUAACAUCUUAAAAUAACAAACAUUUAUUAUCUCAUAGUUUCUGCAGGUCAGAAAUCCAUGAGCAGCCUAGCUGAGGGGUUGUGGUUUCUUCUGAAGGCUUGGGUUGUGUGUGUGUGUGGAUGGAUAGCAUGACCUAGUUUCCCCCAGGGUGAGUGAUCCAGUAGAGGGAGAGAGAGAGAGAGAGAGAGAGAGAGAGAGAGACAGAGGGAGGGAGGGAGAGAGAGAGGGAGGAAGGAGAGAGACAGGAGAGAUGGGGGAAAAGAAAGACAUGCACUACACAGGCAAGGAAGCUGUGGUGUUUUUUGUUUUGGUUUUUUUUGGCUUGCAGGAUCUUACUUCCCCAACCAGGGAUUGAACCCUGGGCCCUCGGCAGUGAGAGCAUGGAGUCCUAACCACUGGAUUGCCAGGGAAUUCCCAGUGUGGUCCUUUUUAUAACCUAAUCUUGGAAGUGACAUCCCAUCACUUCUGCCAUAUUCUGUUUAUUAGAAGUGAGUCACUAGGUCCAGCCCACAAUGGGGAAGGGAUCACACAAGCACGUGAGUAUCAGGAGGCAGGGUCACCGGGGGCCUCGUAGGGGCUGCCUACCUCGGCUUCCAUAACACAGCACAUUCAAGGUUCUCCUUCCUCCCUGACAGCUUCUCUGGUCCUUGUAGGGGCUCCUCUUACUCUGCCCUGCCUUUGAAAUGUGGCUCUUCCCCUGUGCUCCUCCCUUGGCCCAUAGCUCUCUCAUUCUUCAUAUUCUUCCUGAGAGAGGUCCUCCACCCUCAUGAUUUUAGCUAUCACCUGUAUGCUGAUGAUGCCCAAAUCUUCAGUGCAGACCUGUCUCCAUGAUACUGCACGUAAAUAUGUCCAAAUAUUGACUGCGGAGCCAAUAUAAACUCUUGGACCCAGGGCAUGUCCCAUGAGCACUGCAGACAUAAGAAGUUCCAUAAAGGGACUUGCCUGGUGGUGCAGUGGUUAAGAAUCCGCCUGCCAAAGCAGGGGACACGGGUUUGAGCCCUGGUCUGGGAAGAUCCCACACGCCGUGGAGCAACUAAGCCUGCGUGCCACAACUACUGAGCCUGUGCUGUAGAGCCCGUGAGCCACAACUACUGAGCCCGCGUGCCACAACUACUGAAGCCCACGCGCAUAGAGCCCGUGCUCUGCAACGAGAAGCCACUGCAAUGAGAAGCCUGCGCUCAUUGCAUAGCCCCCGCUCGCUGCAACUAGAGAAAGCCCACGUGCAGCAACAAAGACCCAACGCAGCCAAAAAUAAAUAAAUAAAUAAAUUUAUAUUAAAAAGAAAAGCUCCGUAAAAACUUCACUGGGGAAUUCCCUGGCAGUCCAGUGAUUAGGACUCUUUGCUUUCACUGCUGAGGGCCCAGGUUCAGUCCCUGGUUGGGGAACUAGGAUCCUGCAAGCCUCAUAGCGCAGCCAAAAACAAACACAACAACAAAAACAGAACUUCAUUGAAUAAGUUCUAUGCCGCCUCCUAUUUUCUCCCAGCUCAGCAAACGGGACCUCCACCUACCCUGGCAUCCAGCUGAGGAGCGUGCCCUUGACACCACUCUCUCCCUUACCCUCAUAUCCAAAUGUGAAGCCUUGCUGACUGGAUUUUCCUCAAGGUUUUUCCAGCCUGUGCCCUCCUCUGUGUCCCUGAUACCAACGUCGUAAUACUGGCUUUUAGUACCUCUUGCCUAGGCUAUUGCAACAGCUUCCUGAUUUCUCUGGCCCCCACUCAAAAAUGCAAAACUGCCCUUGAUGAAACCCCCAUGGCCUCUGAGAUCAAAAGAUGCUUAAUGACUGGGCCCCAUCCAGCCUCUCCAGCAGCAUCUUCCUCUCACAGCUUGUGCUCUAGCAACCCGCCCGCCUGUCUGCACACACCCUGCUCUUCCUCAUGUGUCCGUUUUUUUCUGUUCAUACUGUCCUCUCUGAGUUUAAUGCCCCCUGCAAUUUCGGGAGAAUGAUUUCCACUUGAAAACUCAAGAGAAUUUGAGCUCUUGACAGCAGGAGUUAUAUCCUCUCCUGCUUUGCUUCCCCAGCACCUUCCAUGGAAGUCACACUUAUGUAGGUACCUCAGCUUGUGUAUGGAAUGGAUGAAUGUAUAAACUGGAGAUUUACAGUAGCAUAGGGUAUGGGAGCUGGUUCUUUUUUUUUUUUUU